UAUUUACAUUUUCUUUGAAUUUUUAAUUGAGUUAGGUAGACAGUAACAAAACAAAGUAAAAAAAAAAAAAGUAGGAAAAUUGUUCUCUCAUCCUCUUUGUCUGCGUAGGUUAUUUUUAUUUUUAAUUUUUCUCCCAUCGUCUGCUUUUACAAGGAAUCAAUCAUCAAUAAGAGCACGAUCUCACUUUCAGUUAGCCGGAUUGUUAGAGAAUACAGCAAAGAGGGCUCAGGGCACAAGAAAAGUGCCCACUUUUUGAAGGACUGCAGGAUUUGUCUAAUUUUUCAAACUUGUUACCUUUAUCCCAAAUUUUAAAGUUAAUUCCUUCUUUCCCCCCUGAUUUUAGCUGCUGGGUGUUUGUUGAACUUCCAAAUUAAGUUCUGGGAAAUCUAGUUCCUUAAGAUGCGGGUGAGAUUGUCAUGCUAAUGCUGUUACCAGGUGGUGGGUUAGGGAUGAAUCCUACUAUGGAUGAUAUGAACUUGAUUCAAGCACAAAGGCAUCUGGUCAGGGAUAUUGGUGAGGAGAUUGAUUUGGAGAUUGGACCUGGAGAUGAUGACCCUUCAUUUGCCAACACUCCUCUCCUUGGUGGCCCAUCACAAGAACCUUCUGCAGAAGAGCAGGGUGAAAGUAAGCAGAUGUCAAUGGUCUCUGAAAUCCCAAAUGCUGAUCAAGAUAUUUUGAAGGCACAACCCGCAAAAAGGAAGAAGAAGGUUGUGAAAAGAUGGAGAGAGGAAUGGGCUGAUACAUACAAGUGGGCAUAUGUUGAUGUGAAGGAAGGAACAGCAAGGAUAUUCUGCUCUGUUUGUAAAGAAUAUGGUAGAAAGCAUAGAAGGAACCCUUACGGCAAUGAAGGAAGUAGAAACAUGCAAAUGAGUGCAUUGGAAGAGCAUAAUAACAGUUUGCUUCACAAGGAAGCUUUGCGUCUCCAAAUGGCGUCGAAAGAUAAGAUUGUUGUUGAUAAACCUAUUUAUGUAAAAGCCCUUAUGUCCAAAACGGCUGGAUCAAUUAUUGAAGCUGCACUGAAAAGGGACCCCCAUGAGGCUGAGUUCAUACAAUCUGUCCAAGAAGCUGUUCAUGCUUUAGAGAGAGUGAUUGCGAAAAAUCCCCAUUAUGUCAACAUCAUGGAGCGCUUGUUAGAACCAGAACGUAUGAUUAUUUUUCGAGUUCCAUGGGUGGAUGAUAGAGGUGAAACACAUGUCAAUCGAGGCUUCAGGGUGCACUUUAACCAGGCAUUGGGUCCAUGUAGGGGUGGUAUUCGGUUUCAUCCAAAAAUGAACUUAAGUGUUGCCAAAUUUCUCGGUUUUCAGCAGACAUUAAAGAAUGCUUUAUCACCCUACAAACUAGGAGGGGCAGCAGGUGGAAGUGAUUUUGAUCCUAAGGGAAAAAGUGAUAAUGAGAUCAUGCGGUUUUGUCAAAGUUUCAUGAAUGAGAUAUAUCGUUAUUUUGGUACUGACAAGGUCUGGUUAUCCAUUGUAUAUUUUCAGGACCUUCCGUCAGAGGAAAUGGGAGUUGGUAUUCGAGAAAUGGGAUUCCUUUUUGGACAAUACAGACGGCUAGCUGGUAAUUUUCAGGGAAGUUUUACAGGGCCAAGGAUAUUUUGGUCAGGUUCUAGUCUUCGAACUGAAGCAACUGCUUAUGGGCUGGUUUUCUUUGCCCGGCUCAUUCUUGCGGAGUUGAAUAAAGAUGUCAAAGGAUUGAGAUGUGUCGUAAGUGGGUAUGGAAAGAUUGCAAUGCACGUUCUGGAAAAGCUUGUUGCUAAUGGUGCUCUUCCCAUUACAGUAUCAGAUUCAAAGGGGUAUCUGGUUGACGAGGAUGGGUUUGAUUAUAUGAAAAUAUCAUUUUUGAGGGAUCUCAAAUCUCAACAAAGAAGUUUGAGAGAUUAUUCAAAGACUUAUGCUCGGUCUAAGUACUAUGAUGAAGCAAAACCUUGGAAUGAAAGGUGUGAUUUCGCAAUUCCCUGUGGUUCUCAAAAUGAAAUUGACCAGGCUGAUGCCAUUAAUUUGGUUAAUUCAGGUUGUCGCAUACUUGUAGAAGGCUCAAAUAUGCCUUGCACUCCUGAAGCAGUUGAUGUAUUGAAGAAGGCUAAUGUCAUCAUUGCUCCUGCCAUGGCUGCUGGUGCUGGGGGGGUUGUUGCAGGAGAAAUUGAAUUAAAUCAUGAGUGUAAUGUAAUGCAUUGGUCUCCGGAGGACUUUGAAUCUAAGUUACAGGAAGCAAUGAAACAGACAUUCCAUAGAGCCCUCAAAGCAGCAGAAGAUUUCGGUUAUCAAAAAGAAAGUCCUGAGGCUUUACUACAUGGAGCAGUCAUCUCUGCUUUUCUGACCAUUGCUCAAGCCAUGACGGAUCAAGGAUGUGUAUAGAAAAAGAAAGCUAUUUAUUGUUAGUCAGUACCCUUGACUUUCAUUUGGAGAUUGCACUCCAUAGCAGGAAACUAGAGAGCUCAUCAAGUUUUCUGUAUUGGUUUUAAGAUCUAGAUCGUUGAAAUCAAUGGCAGAUAAAAGCUAUAGAGAUAUGACAGAUCUCAUUGUAACAUACAUGUAAUGUAGUAGUGCCUAGUGUCAGACAUGGAAAUGGAUUAGUUAUUUAGAAUUUGAUUGGGAGAGGAAUUUGGAUGAGCAAUUGGUCAUGGUUGUAAGGUUAGGAAUAUAAAUAUUUAUUCUUUGCCUACUUCCGAGAGUUUCCUAUAAAGUUAAGUGCUAUGAGUCUUUCCACAACAAUAUUAAUAUUAAUUGGAAAUAAAACGUAUUAUUUCUUAUUA